AUGACUAAUAAUGGAAAGGGAAAAGUACCAGAUACCCCUCAACCACAACCAAAAAAGAUUUUGCCACGUCCUCCUAUCAAUAAUAGUAGACCAAAUGGGGAAAAUUCUUUCAACGCAAGCAUUCAUGCAACGAACGAUUGGGCAGACAAAUCAGAAUACCUCCACCUAAAUUCUAAAGGUUACGCCAAACCCAUUAACGAUAUCAAUGACCACGAACAACCUGAUAGAAUGGACCUUCUAAUGACUAAACUAGACACAGUCUCAACACAAUUAGGUCAUUUCUAUGAAGAUCUACAAUUCACUAAUGAAAGAGUUUCUACUAUGGAAUCCCUUCUUAAAAUAUAUUCGACUUUUCCAAAACAAGCUGCCAUCAUCAAUGCUUAA